AUGGAGGAGCCAGCAGUGCAGAAGGAAAAAAUAGAAAUAUGGGAGAGAGGGCAUGAUGGUGGGAAGACAGACUGGAAGAAUGAGUGCUCGCUCUCUUCCCUCCUUAAACAUUCUUGUCUUCUUUGCUGGUCAUCUCCCAGGGACACCGAUGUCGUGGAAACAGAUGACAGAGUCCUCGCCAAGGUAGCCGAGAUCAGAGAGCUAGAAAAUGCAGUGGCAGUGGAGAACCUGGAACUUCAGGAACAACAGUCAGACCGCAAGGAGCUGGAGGAGACCCUGGUUAAAUUAGAAGAACACAAAGAUAAGCUUGCACAGCAAAUAAAGGACACCAGACAACUCUGCUAUGAAGAAAGUCAACAGAUUCUAUCUCUGCAGGCAGAGGAGGUGCAGAAGGAGAGCCAGGUGGAGGAGUAUGAGAGGGAGCUUGCCAGAGCCAGGUGGAGGCUGCGGAAGCUUAGAGAGGAGGUGAAACAAGCCAAGAGGAAGGUGGACGAGGCUGGGGAAAGGAACACUCCUCUGCAAGACUCCAUCAGACAGUCCUAUGAAGAGAUCCUGCAGGAGGAACACACUCUGUGCUCUCUGUCAGGAGGUGCAGUUACUCCAGAAAGCCAGCUAGAGGAGUCAACAUCCCCUGCAGACACCACUGAAGAUGAUCCGCUUCCCAUGAGGCCAUGGGGAAGGAGCCAGUCACUGCCCGCCUAUGCUGACCUGAUAAUGGGAGUUACUGGCUCGCCCUUCUGCAAUAAUCUAGCAGGUACAAGGGAAGACGACAGUGGGACCAGCUCACCAAAGAUGGACAGAUCUGACAUAGAGGAUGACCCAGAGGAAGGAGAGCUCAACAAUGAAGAGAACAAAGAAAGAGAGCAGGAAGAGUCCAUUGUUAACCCAAAACGUCUCAGCCAACUGGACUUUUACCAAGCUGACCCCUUCGCCCACUGUCAGAGUGACCAUGACCUCUUCAAUAAAGACCUAUUUCCUAUAAUGCACUCAUCUGAUGGAUUUACUUCAGACCCUUUCAAAGGCAGUGACCCGUUUGCAGCCGAUAAUUUGUUUCCAGAACCGAAUGCUGGCACUGAUGACGGGAUGGGAAAUAUCGGCGAUGAGGCAGACACUAGUCUGUCCUGUGCUGAAAACAAAGCCUCUACAGGAACUCAGUGCUUUGAAUCAGAAUUCCCAGAUGAAGAUAGCGACAUAGAGAUAAGCUACAGCCGAGAGGACCUAGAUGCUGUGGCAGAUGAUUCCCGUGGAUUUAAACCCAUUCAGAGCUCAUCAGAAGAGCUGGGGCCUGAGCCGAUCCAGGGCUGGAGGUCCCAGGGUCAGUUUUCUGUAGAAUCAGAUCCAAAUGGGUAUGAACUGGAUCUUGGUGCUGUCUCUCCACCCUCUGACAUAGAAGAGCACAGUCUGGGAUCUCUAGCUGGGGAGAUUACCUGUGAGACAACAGGAGGACUAGAACAAGGUCUGUGUUCUGGUACAGCUGAGGCUGUCACAAAGAAUUGUGGACCUGUCCUUGUAGAACCAGAUUGGAAAAGUAACAUGGAGCAAACUCUGUUCUGUAAUAUAACUUCCUCUCAGGCAACAGAAUGGGUUAGCAACAGUGACGAGGAACCCCGAAAUCCUGCAACUCCCCAAAACUCGCUGGAUUCCGUGAACCCUCUUGUUCAGCCUGACUUGGAGCAGAACAGCUUUGAGUUAAACUAUGAACCAACCAGUCAGUCUUCCUUCGAUCCAUAUGGGUUCAAACUCAGUCCAGAGCAUUCUAGUCACACUCUCUUGGACCCUGAUGAAGCUGAAUUAAGCCCAGAACCUGCUGAAAAUGAGCUGGCAUUUGAUCCAGAGCCUUCCUCUUCUCAACCAGACCAACUGAACUUCGAUGCCUAUAGGUUUGAUAUCACUUCCUCCCAGAUGGUACGGGACUCUGACCCUUAUGGCUUUAAGCUCAGCCCUGAAGAAGAGAACCAGGAGGUAUUGGACCUCUGUGGUCACGAUAACCAGGAGGCAAUGGACCUUUGCACCUAUGACAACAAUGAGCAAAUAAAACUCUCUAACUAUAGCAACCAGGGCGUAGUGAAACCUCAUAAAUGUGAAAACCAAGAAGUGCUUGAACAUUGUAGCCACAUUAACCAGGAAUUGCUGGACUUGUGUAACAAUGGAAACCAAGAAGUGCUGGAACCAUCUAGUCUUGACAACAGGGAGUUGGUUAUCCAUGAAAACCAGGAACUCCUGGAUCUCUGUAGUCAUGACAACCAAGAGGUGGUAGAACCCUAUUCCAAUAUCAGCAGUGAGGAACGACUUGAACCUCGUGACUACGAUAACCAAGAAGUGCUGGAACCUUGUAGCCAUGGCAAUCAGGAACUGCUGGACUUCUCCCAUCCUGAAAAUCAGGAAGUGGCCAAAACACACAGGAACUCCAGGAUCUUCGUAGCCAUGAAAAUCAGGAAUUGCUAG